UAUGUUGUAUUUUAUGUAAUUUUGGCAUUGGCAAUAUCAAAUAUCUACCAACACUACACACUUACCAUCGCACAAUUAUUAUGUGACAUAUUAAAAUUAAUUCAAUUAGAUCUACAAUGUCUAGAGUAAGGCUUCUUUCGUACGCAAGAGGAUAUAUUCAGUUGCAGUUUAAGCCUUUCCUACAGUUAAGAUUUAGACGUGUGCAGAGAAAGUGCGUUCAAUGGAGUUGUGUCUGUUAAGUGUUAUAAAACUUAUAAAGUUAUAGCCAUGGAGGUUUUGGUGCUAAAGUGUUAUAUGGACGAUAACUUUAACCAUUCGGAUAUAGCUUAUGAUGUUCCUUUACAUAACUCUACCUUCAAUGACAGUAACGUUAAAGUGAGCAAGGCAGCUGAGUUUGGAACAUUAACGGGGAUAGUGAUAGCUUUGGUCAUCAAUUUUAUUAUAAGUUUAGAGUACCACAACAAAAUAAGUGAUCCGCUACUAAAAAUAAACAUUAAUGAAAUCUUGCGCGUUAAAAAUGUAGUGAGGACAAUAGCGUUAGUGAUAUUAGUAGCGGUAAUGCCUGUAGUUUUAGCAAUAUUAUUAGUAGCAUCUCUUUACAAACUAGUUUGUUUAUUAGUACUUCGACAAAACGAUAAACGAUUUGUGAAAUUUUUGGACAGUUUUGAUGUUUUCUGGAGUCUAGAAGACGACGUUUCUAAAAGCAUAAUUAAUGUUCUUGGAAUUAUCGAAUCUGAAUCACCUCAAACAUUAGUUGACAAUAUAAAGGAAAAAUUGGAAAAUCUACUAUUGCACGAAGAAGCUGACAAAAUAUUUUAUAGGAGAAAUGAACGAUAUGGAUUCUACUACUGGCGUAAAUUUAGUACAAUCGAUAUCAAUGAAUAUGUCCAAAUAAUUGAUCAGCCUGAUGAAACCGUUUUGAGCAUGUCAGAUCUAGAAGAGCUGAUGGCUAAAGUAGCAAAGAAACCAUUACCUUACCAUGAUGAAGGCUUAUUCCAAAUAUUGGUAACUAAAAAUCAUUUAGCUAACAAUGAUAUUAAUGAUAAUAUGAAACAAGAAUAUGGAAUUAUAUUCAGAAUACACCAUUCAGUCGGUGAUGGAGUGGCUCUCAUAGAUUUUUUAUGUAAAACCUUGGCUGAUGAAACUCAACCCGACACCGCUAAUAUGUUCAAUUUCCGUGAAGCUUCAACAGUAAACAGCAAUGCACCCUCGGAUUUAAUGGAAAUGAUACGAAAACUGUGUGAAAUUCCUGUCUGUUUCGUCGAUGGCAUCGUUCGAGAGGCAGACGAUAGUUCUCUACAUGGACCCAAGUUGUUGGGUGGAAAAGUUUUCAAGUGGACGAAAUCAGACGAAAACCUUUUCUUGAAAGUUAAAGAAAUAAAAGAUAAAGCGGAAGGCCUCCAUUUCUCGGAUGUUUUGGCUGCAGCGUUGUCUGCAGGUUUGCAUACAUUUUUCUCCAAGACGAUGACGGAAGUCCCCGAGACGGUGGCGGUUGUGUUACCAGUUAGAUUCCCCAAGCCCACGACAGUUGACCGCAGACUAGAUUUGAAGAAUGAUUUCAGCGUCACCACAUUGGAUUUACCAACAAAAACGAGGGAUAACAUACAUGAUAUUCAAAUCAGGUGUCGUGAAUUACGUAAAAGCGCUGAUCCUAUUACCAAUUACUACUUUUUGAAGCUAGUAAGCGGCGUGCUUCCUAGGCAACUUCUGCAGCCAUUGCUGAAUAGUAGCCAGGCCACCCUGGUGUUCAGCAACAUGCCCGGACCAGACCGCCUCACCAUAUGCGGAGGAAACUUGCUGAAACAACUCGUCUUCUUCGCACCUCACAAAGGAACUACCGGUCUCGGAGUAACGUGCCUGCACUACGGCGGGGUGCUGCGGUUCGCAGCCAUGGCUGAUGAGGCCCUCGUGUCCAGAGCUGACGACCUGGAUCUGAUACUGGAGGGAAUGGUGGCCGAGGUGAACAGACUGCACCGCCACUACGUCACUAGGGGAUAGUCGAGGCAACCGUUGUCGGCUAAGCUGUGGCAUUUCAGUAAAAGGUAUGGAGAUCGUCAGCAUCAGCCGAUUACUGUUAUCAAAUUAAUAAUUUGAGUAUUGAAUUAAAUUAGGCACUUCUUAUUUAGUCUAUUUUCAACUGUCGUUAUAUUUUUAUAUAAUUUAUUUUAA